AUGUCAUCCGUCGUAAUUGUUGGUGCCUCUCGGGGACUUGGGUUUUCUCUAACCAAGAUUUGGUCAGAAAACCCAUCCAAUACAGUGAUCGCGCUGGUGCGAAACAAGGCAGCAGCUACUGCGAGUUUUGAGCAGGGUCUACCCGGCAGGGCAAAUAUUCGUAUUAUUACUGCAGAUUUAGAAGACUUUGAGUCUUUAAAGGCUGCCUUGGAAGAAACACGGAACAUACUCGACAACAAGCUUGACUAUCUCAUUGUCAACGCUGCUGUCAGUGACAGUAUUGUUGAUGAUAUUGGCAAUGCCAUCCUCAAUGAUCGCGAACAGUUUGACCAAGACAUGCUCCGCACCUUCAAGACUAACUGCUUAGGUGUUGCUCACGCUCUUGGUCUCUUUGCACCCCUUCUUCUCACUGGCACUGCCAAGAAAGGAGUAGUCAUCAGCAGUGGCGUUGGUGACCCUCACUGGACAGCAAAAUGGCGAACUUUUGGUCACGCUCCAUAUGCUAUCAGCAAGGCCGCCGUCAAUCAAGUUGUGGCCAAAUUCCAUGCUCAAUACGCCUAUGAGGGCGUAACAAUUUCUGCAAUUAGUCCGGGAAUCAUAAAGACCGAGUUCAAUACACCCAAACCCGAUGAUCCCAACUAUCAGCGCGUGCAGAAAUCAUUUGGUCCGCCGAUUCAAGCGUCUAACAGAUUCAAGGGCCCCUAUACCCCCGACGAAUCGGCUGCUAAAGUGACUGAUGUCAUUAUAAAUCACUUGGAUCUUGAGAAAAAUGGCGGGAUAUUGAUCUCCGAAUACAAUGACCAACAGUGGGUAUAA